CCGCCACCAUGCCGUUCGGAAACACCCACAACAAGUUCAAGUUGAACUACAAGCCGGAGGAGGAGUACCCCGACCUCAGCAAGCACAACAACCACAUGGCCAAGGUGCUGACCCCUGACCUUUACAAGAAGCUGCGGGACAAGGAGACGCCGGCUGGCUUCACCCUGGAUGACGUCAUCCAGACAGGCGUGGACAAUCCAGGUCACCCCUUCAUCAUGACGGUGGGCUGUGUGGCCGGGGACGAGGAGUCAUACACGGUGUUCAAGGAUCUCUUCGACCCCAUCAUCCAGGACCGGCACGGCGGCUACAAGCCCACUGACAAGCACAAGACGGACCUCAACCAUGAGAACCUCAAGGGUGGAGACGACCUAGACCCCAACUAUGUGCUCAGCAGCCGGGUGCGCACUGGCCGCAGCAUCAAGGGCUACACGCUGCCCCCACACUGCUCGCGGGGUGAGCGUCGGGCUGUGGAGAAGCUCUCCGUGGAAGCUCUCAACAGCCUGACUGGGGAGUUCAAGGGCAAGUACUACCCCCUGAAGAGCAUGACGGAGCAGGAGCAGCAGCAGCUCAUCGAUGACCACUUCCUGUUCGACAAGCCCGUGUCCCCCCUGCUGCUGGCCUCAGGCAUGGCCCGAGACUGGCCUGAUGCCCGGGGCAUCUGGCACAAUGACAACAAGAGCUUCCUGGUGUGGGUGAACGAGGAGGACCACCUCCGUGUCAUCUCCAUGGAGAAGGGCGGCAACAUGAAGGAAGUUUUCCGCCGCUUCUGCGUGGGGCUGCAGAAGAUUGAGGAGAUCUUUAAGAAAGCAGGCCACCCCUUCAUGUGGAACGAGCACCUGGGCUACGUGCUCACCUGCCCCUCCAACCUGGGCACAGGGCUGCGCGGGGGCGUGCACGUGAAGCUGGCGCACCUGAGCAAGCACCCCAAGUUCGAGGAGAUCCUCACCCGUCUACGCCUGCAGAAACGGGGCACAGGUGGCGUGGACACGGCCGCGGUGGGUGCGGUAUUCGACAUAUCCAACGCCGAUCGGCUGGGCUCGUCUGAGGUGGAACAGGUGCAGCUGGUGGUGGAUGGUGUGAAGCUCAUGGUGGAGAUGGAGAAGAAGCUGGAGAAAGGCCAGGCCAUCGACGACAUGAUCCCGGCCCAGAAGUAG